UUUAGUUACGCACCGGAAGUUUCCAGGGUGACAUUAGGACAGGACGAAAAGGAAGGCAUGGUUUUUCUGAUGUUGUUAGACCCCAUGCGCCUCUAGUUUAUGUGUAUAUAUUUUUUAUUUAUGUGACAGUGUGUAUAUUAAACAGCGCAAUGUUGGCGUGGAGCGGUCGGUUUCUUCUUCAGCGGGGCCCUGGGCUCAUCUCUCUCCGAGCAGCAGCUGAAAGUCCCGCACAUUCAGUGUUUCUUUUCAGGACAGUAAAGACCACAACGUGGUUUGAUGAACACCUCACAGAGGACAACCAGGAGUUCAUGAGGAAGACCAUAGCGGAGGAAUACAGGAGUCAAACGGCUGAGAAGCUCAACCCGCUCAAAGAUGAGCCCUGGGAGCGCCAUGACUGGGCAGAGGGCAGUCGGAGAGUUGGAUUAGUAGCUGUGAAGUUGGGGAUGGCUCCUAUCUGGACGAAAGCGGGAGAAAAACACGUUGUCACCUUGUUACAGGUGCAGGACUGCCAUGUAAUUAAGCAUCUGUCCAAGGAAGAAUUUAAUGGACACACAGCUGCCCUCUUGGUAGGAGGGAAGAACGUAUCACCAUUCUUUAAGUCUGAAGAGCACAUGGAGAUGUUCAGGAAUGCGGGGGUGCCUCCGAAACAGAAAGUCACCACUUUUAAAGUCUCAGACAAUGCCAUCAUCAAGCCAGGCACUCCUCUGUUUGCGGCACAUUUCCGUCCAGGCCAAUAUGUGGACAUCACCGCCAAAUCCAUCGGUAAGGGCUUUCAAGGUGUAAUGAAGCGGUACGGGUUCAAAGGUCAGCCAGCCACCCACGGCUCAACCAAAACUCACCGCAGACCGGGAGCUUCUGGGCCUGGAGAUGCAGCCAAAGUGUUCAAAGGGAAAAAGAUGCCCGGCAUGAUGGGAAACAUCUCCAUCACAGCUCAUGGGCUGAAGGUAUGGAGGGUCAAUACCAAGUACAACGUGCUGUAUGUGAACGGCUCGGUGCCCGGACACAGGAACUGCGUGUUGAAGGUGAGAGAUUCUAUACUACCAAACAGGAAGUCCUCCCUGAUCAACCCUCCUUUCCCGACAUAUUUCACAGAAGAGGAAGGAGACCUGGAUGAAGACUUGUACGACGAGAACUUGUUCAUUCAGACAGAUCCAUCGUUAUCACUGACCUGAAGACCCCCCCCCCCCCACACACACACACACACACACACAACAUGGUUUCAUCUAAAACCAUAAACUAUGUCACGAUCCUACAAUAAAGAACAAUUGAAUUUGAA